CAGCGACAGAUUUGCUUAAAAUUCCCAUUAUUAAGAACCAUAUUGCAAAACUGUCAAAAGAAUUCCAUGCCAAAAAUCAAGAUAACAGCAGCAGAGAUGCGGAGGAUAUCGCAAAAUUACUGAAAGAGAAAUCCUAUUUGAGUGACUUAAAAUCCCGAGAAGAGGAAGUGAAAUAUAAGAACUUGCCUCCAAGAGAAAGAAUGAGAUUACGGAAAUUGCAGCAAGCUGAUAUGGAAGCCAAAAGACUCAAAGAGGUAGCAAAAGUGCAAUUGAAAGAGAAUCAUGAGAGGAACUCCAGAAUUCAGAGCACACUCCAUAAAUCCUCUGUUCCUGCAUGGGCAGGAGGUUCAGGGGAGGGGGAGAGGUUUAAAGCCGCCCUGACGGUAAAGGGAAGUCCCACUAUUGCAGCAGAAGGUCAGAAGAGUCAAUUUGGUUCCCGCACUGCACCCAUUUUGAUUCAUGAAGAUGAAGAGGAAAAUGACGAUGAUGAUGACAUAGUCAUGCCUCUCCACAAAACACUGACAGUCCCUCUGUCUCAUAGUAACCCUGAUGAACGACCUAUAACCCCUCUCAAAGAUAAAAUGAUUUAUGAUCUCCGAAAUUCUUCACUAGAUUUUAAAGAUGGAAUCCCUGAAAAUCCAGAGCUGGCAGACACAUACUACUCCCAGUUUGAAAAUGAUUUCUCAGGCGAUUCAGAAUCUGAUGAGGCUGCAGAGACGGUGAUAGAGAGGACAGUGAAACCCAAUAAAUCUAAGGUGUCCUCCAAAGUAUCCUCCAAUCUAGGUACCCUGGUGGAUGAUGAGGACCAGUUGUACAACAUCAUGCAGGAUGUAUUAGCCAAGGGAGAUGAUGCAGACUCUACCAUGUCCUUGGCAGAUGACAGGGAGGCUGGUGCCUUUGGACCUGUCGUGAGGGAACAAAAAAUUAAAAACCUGACUAAGGAAUGUAAGAGGAUUUUAGGAGAGGAAGCAUUUCAGAAGGCGUACGACUACCUAAAACAGGCACGCUACUUAAAAACAUCCUCCGUGGACUCCGAGGAAACCAUCAUGCAGGGACUUAGGGAGUUUGUAAAAAAUCCUAGUGACUGUUUCCUUGUAGAUCAGCUUCUGUUUCUGGAGGAGCAGGCUAAAAUCCCAUUCUGAGGUCUCAAAUCUGACAUGUUUCUGGAGGAGCAGGCUAAAAUCCCAUUCUGAGGUCUCAAAUCUGACAUGUUUCUGGAGGAGCAGGUUUAAAUCCCAUUUUGAUGUCUCAGAUCUGACAUGUUUUCUGGAGCAUCUGUUUGUUAUAGACUCCUUGUCUAUGAAUUCUUACAAUUGUUGUGUUAUUUUGAUGGAGGACAUAUUAACCGUCUACCCAAGUGCUGCAGUAUAAUCAUGUUUUUGAAUAAUUUAAUCUUCUUGUUAACUAAAACCACAGUGAUGCAUGGAAAUAACCGUCCAUACAAAGCACCAUGUUGGACCUUUUUUUAGUGCUUUAAUAUCAUGAAUUAUAAUGGUAAUUUAUCCGCAGUCUUACUUUGUGAUAUUAACUCAUUAGAUUGCCAUACUACAAGCAUUCCAUAUGUAUUGUGAAAUAAUUUCGUGGAUUAUUUUGAACAUAGCAUAAGUAUUAUAUAUUGUUGUACCAGACAAUUGUACAUGGUGGAUAAAAGAGUGUGCUGUUAGUGUGUGCUUUCUUUCUAUUCUUGCAUAAUGUAGUGCUGUUUCAGAUUUUGCCGGAAGGACAAGGCUAUAGUUGUGGUUGUGACCUCUUUCAUUCAUAUAUAACAGUGUCAGUUUGAAUAUGACCAUAUACAUUAAUGUGUGUUUCGUUCUGAUGCCAUUACUGCUUAUUUUGUCCAGUGUUUACGUUACAUACAUGUACUAGUUAUUUUGUCCAGUGUUUAUGUUACAUACAUUUACUAGUUAUUUUGUCCAGUAUUUAUACAUAUGUUUACUAGUUAUUUUGCCCAGUCUUUGUAUACAUGUUUACACUCUCCUUGUAUCUACAGUGUCAGCUCAUUAAUAUGCUGUCUCCUAUGUUUUGUGUUCAUUCAAAUCACCAUGCAAUAAUAUUUCUACCUAAUGGUGUAAUCAUGUCUUUAAUCAAAAGGACGAUGUGUGGUCGUACAGAGGUACAUGAGGCUGCUGGAUUCAGACUGAGAUAUAAUAAUAAAGUCAUAAAGAAAU